AUGCCAUCUGCAACAACCUCUGGAGCGGACUCCAGUGGAUCAGCGAGAUCGCGCGAACACACACAGGGCAACCAAGAUCGCAAAUAUACCCCCGAACAAAAAGCAGCCGUUAUCAGAGUACGAAAAUGUUCACCGACGGCAUUUUACGAAAUCCUGGCGGUACAGAAGACGGCCACGGAUAGCGAGAUUAAGAAGGCUUAUCGCAAGUUGAGUUUGUUAACGCAUCCGGAUAAGAAUGGUUAUGAUGGUGCCGACGAGGCUUUUAAGAUGGUAUCGCGUGCUUUCCAGAUCCUUUCCGAUUCUGAUAAAAAGUCGAGAUAUGAUAAAUUCGGCGGCGACCCCGAUAGCAGAUUCUCAGCGUCUGGCGCAGGUGCCGGACCGUCAGCUGCCGGCAACCCAUUCGGCGGAUUCGGUGGUGGUGGUGGAUUCCCGCAAAGUCGGGCUGGUGGCCCCAUGUUUGAGGAGGAGAUAUCGCCGGAGGAAUUGUUUAAUCGGUUUUUCGGUGGUGGAUUCGGUGGCGGUGGAUUUGGUGGUCCGUUUGGUGGCGGUCCUCAAUUUGUCUUCAAUAUGGGCGGUGGUCCCGGAUUCAGGGUUCACCAAUUCGGCGGCCCAGGUGUUCGCAGAAGACCACGUGAAGCUAAUGCGCAGACUCAACCUGCGUCUCCCGGUUGGGCUUCGUUGACCCAACUCCUCCCGCUUAUUUUACUGUUCAUUUUCCCGCUACUUUCUUCGCUAUUCUCCGGAGGACAAUCAACUCCCGCUGGUCCCUUAUAUCGAUUUGAUGCCGUUUCGCCCCAUACUAUGCAACGAACUACGCCGGAACUCAAACUGAAUUACUACCUCAACCCGCAGGAUGUGGAUGAUUUCAGCGCGCGGAAAUUUAAAAAUCUAGAUAUUCAGGUGGAAAACGACUUUGUCAAUAAUCUUCAUUAUGAAUGUGAAAUGGAAGUACAGGAAAGAGAGCGAAGGAUGCAAGCAGCGCAGGGUUGGCUGUUCCCGGAUGUCGAGAAGAUGAAAGAAGCUAGAGCUAUGGAGUUGAAGAGCUGUCGUCGCUACGAUGAUGUGAAGAUGAAACUCAAGAGGAGAAGAUAUUGA